AUGAAGGCAGUUGAUAUCAAAGGCGGCCGCGGCGAGCGGGAUGCCCUCUUCAUCAACGCAGACACGCCCAAGCCCGUCGCGGCCGAGGGCCAGGCCAUCGUCAAGGUGGAGGCGUUUGGCAUCAACCGCAUGGACAUCCUCCAGCGCCGCGGGCUGUACCCCGUGCCCCCGCAGGCCCCCCCGACCCUGGGCGUCGAGUUCAGCGGCACCAUCGAGUCGUUCGGCCCCGGCGACCGCGGCCGCGGCUCCUCCCUGGCCGUCGGGGACCGCGUCCUCGGCCUGGCCUACGGCGGCGCCUACGCCGAGUACGUCGCCGUCGGCUGCCGGACGCUGCUCCGCAAGCCCGACCACCUGAGCUACGCGCAGGCCGCCGCCGUCCCCGAGGCCUGGAUGACGGCCACGCAGGCGCUGCACAUGGUGCUGGGCUUCGCCGCCGGCCGCUCCAUCCUCUGGCACGCGGGCGCGUCGGGCGUCGGCGUCGCCGGCAUCCAGCUGUCCCGGGCGGCGGGCGCCGGCGACGUCUUCGCCACGGCCGGGUCCGACGCCAAGUGCGCCUUCGUCACGUCCCGGCUCGGCGCCACCGCCGCCUUCAACUACAAGACGGAGGACUGGGUCCGGCGCGUCAAGGACCGCACGGGCGGCAGGGGCGUCGACUACAUUGUCGACUUUGUCGGCGCCGACUUCUUCGCCAAGAACCUCGACGUCGCCGCGAGGGACUGCCGCAUCGUCCUGCUGGGCACCCUGAGCGGCGGCCGGGUCGCCGACGCCGACAUUUCGCAGAUGCUGCACAAGAGGAUCCGGAUCGAGGGCAGCUCGCUGCGCAGCCGGCACCAGGACUACCAGGGCGAGCUGAGGGAUCGGCUGGAGGCCUACUGGCCCAAGUUCGAGGAUGGAACGUUCAAGAUUGUCGUGGACAAGGUGCUGCCUUGGGAGAGGAUUCAGGACGCGCACGAGCACAUGGAGGAAGCCAGGAACAUGGGCAAGAUAGUGUGCACAAUCUCUUGA